CCCAGAACCUGGAUUCCCCCGAUUUCCACCCUCUGUUGUCACUGAAUAACAGAAUCACUUUUUAACCAAAGAGGAAGUGUUAUGCAGUGAUACCAAGUUCAAUACAGAACAUGCAUUGUCUGUUCCUUUACCUUAUGAUUCUUAGAUGGGUCUAGCUAGCUCCUAAGUAGUGAAAAACAGUCUGGUUUCCUCAUAAUAAAACUGCUUUGAUUGAUCAGCUAUCUUUAAUUAAAUCAUUAAUCUUGUUACUGGGUGCUGACACCCUUUACAGUAACUAUGUCUUAAUCAAUGUUGUCAACUCGUUGUCUUUUUGACGCCAUACACUUGGCCCCUCCCUUUCCUGUUUGCCCCUCCCCCUUUCCCUGCCCACUGCUCUGGGCCACCAGGACCCUUAUAAAAGUCUGCACGCUUUCCCCUCCCUAGUCAGAAUCAGAGUGAGACUCCAGUACUCCCCACUCUCUCUAUACAGUGAGUGUAAAGAGUAUUCUAUCUUAGCCUCCAUAAGGGAACACAGCUAGAAGAACACCCAUGCUAGGAGGCACCUACAUUGGGUUGCUGGCUACAGCAGCCCUCCUCUCUCUGCUACAGGACGGGACUUACGGAAGUGUUGAGGGUGACAGAUCAUCAGUUACAAUGAGAGAUGCAGGGACCUGCACUGUCUACAGCGACUUCCACUACAGCACCUUUGACUGGGCCAACUUCCGCUUCGUUGUCCCCUGUACCUACGUCCUGGCCCAGCUGUGCUCAUCCUCUGAGAUCCCCCUGUCCCACUUCAGUGUGGAGGUGAAGAAUGAGCAGCGAGGGAACUCCUCUGUAUCUCCUGUUCUGCAGGUCAAUGUGGAGGUGGAGAACCUCAGGGUCUCCCUGCACAAGAGACAGAACCACCGGGUCAUGGUCAACGGCAUUUGGAAGAAACUCCCACUGAGCCUCAACGGUGGCACCAUCAACAUCCGAGGCAAUGCGGCUUCCGUCGUCCUGGAGACUAACUUCAACCUUUUUGUAUCCUAUGAUGACUCCUGUGCCGUCCAUAUCACCGUCCCUGCCUCGUAUUCCGGUAAAGUCUGCGGCAUGUGCGGGAACUUCAACCACCUGAGAGACGAUGAUUACCACACGGCUGACGGUUCUGAGGCUUCAACUGCUGCCACAUUCGGCCAGAGCUGGCAGAGCCAGAAGGCCUGUCAGUCGACCGUUGUCCCCCAUGAGUGUCCCCCUAUGGAGGAGGCAGAGUACGCUAGCGAGCCCUACUGUGGGUCCCUGGUCUCCAGGCACGGGCCCUUCGUAGAAUGCCAGUCUGUCCUGGGAGCCGAGAGCUACUUCCGGAGCUGUGUGGCGGGGAUGUGUGGAGCAGGUGGUGGCCUAGAGGUGCUGUGUGAGGCCCUGCAGUCCUAUGCUGAUAUGUGCCUCAAGGCCGGGGGGCCCGUACCUGCCUGGAGGAACUCGACUAUGUGUCCCCUGGAGUGUGGAGCGAACAGCCAUUACAACGCCUGUGCCGAGGGCUGGCCUGAGGCCUGCUCCAUCAUGGACACCCAAAGGGCGUGUGGAAGCUGUGAGGAAAGGUGUGAGUGCAACCCCGGCUUCAAGCUCAGUGGGGGGAGAUGUGUCUCUGCAGAGGACUGUGGCUGCUGGAUGAAUGGAGUGCACUAUGAGAAAGGAGCGACGUUCAUGGACGGUGAGUGUGAUCGUGUGUGCCAGUGUAUGGGCGGGGACAGACUCCAGUGUUCUGCUUCCUCCUGCGCGGACGACGAGGUGUGCAAGGUCAAAGAGGGGGUCAAGGGUUGCUUCCUCUCCAGCCCAGCCAUCUGCCGCGUCUACGGAGACCCCCACUACAUCACCUUUGACGGCAAGGCAUACACCUUCCAGGGGGGCUGCAGCUACACCCUGGCCAAGACGUGCGGCGAACACACACCCAUCCAGUUCUCAGUGACGGGCCAGAACUGGAACCCGGGGAGCGAGAGCAGUGCUAAGCUGGCCGCAGUGGUUCUGGAGACCAAGGGUCUGCAUUUGAAGAUUGAUAACUACAGCGCCACUGUGAACCAUGUUUGGCAGAGUCUUCCUAUUGCAGUAAACGGCCCGUACGGCGAGGUGAAGCUGUACAAGAAGAAGCAAUACACUGUCAUGGAGACGACCUUUGGCCUCCAGAUGCUGCUGGACGAUCAUCACAGGCUCUUCCUGCAGCUGGACGAGCGCUACAAGGGUGAGAUGUGCGGCCUCUGUGGUACCUACUCCAACGACCAGGGGGAUGACUUCCUGACCCCAAACGGCACCAAACCCGAGACCAAUGAGGUCACGUUCGCCAACAGCUGGAGAGUGAAGAGUCCGGAGGACGAUCGCUGUGUUGCUUCCCCACCUGCCCCCCAACCAUGUGACUCCCAUUUGGACAACCAGGGCCACCAGGAGUGUUCCAAGCUGCUGCGUGACACUUUCAAGCCCUGCCACCCAUUUGUCCACCCCACGUCCUACAUAGUUAGCUGUAUGUCUGACCACUGUGCCUCCGGCGGGGACAUGCAUGUGACAUGCUACUCCCUGAAGUCCUACGUGACCGCCUGUCAGGUGGCCAGUGUUACCUUGCCCCCCUGGUUUAAUGACACCGCCUGUGAUAGCCUACCUGGCCCUCCCACAAAACCACCAGUUACUACACCUGACAAUACAUUUUGUCCUCUAGACUGCAACUUUGACAACAGCGAGUGUGGGUGGGAGCAAAUUAUUCAGGACAGUUUUGAUUGGAGAAGACAGAGAGGCCCAACCCCGUCUGACCUCACAGGGCCAACCCAGGACCAUACCACAGGAGGUGGCUCCUACAUGUACAUUGAGGGCAAUGGUGUGUACUACGGAGACUCUGCACGUAUGAUAAGCCCUAAGUGCCAAAAAGGGGCGACAAAAUACUGCCUGCGCUUCUGGUACCACAUGUACGGACAGGCUAAGGCCAUGAUUCUCAAUGUGUACCAGCUUGACGAGCGCAACAAACACAGGAAACUGUGGUCCAAAGCCAAUAACCAGGGCUCUACAUGGUAUCUUGCACAAGUGGAUAUCAAUAUCGAUGGGUCAUUCCAGAUCAUCAUCGAGGGAAUCCGAGGCUCUGACGAUCAGUCUGACGUGGCAUUUGACGACGUCUCCAUCCAUUAUGGAUCAUGUUCAGGUUCCUCAACAGGUGUUGUUGGUGGACCUUCAGUUCCUCCCCCAGUUGAAGAAGGAUCAUUUGUCCCACACCCAGUCUGCAACUUCGAUUGCACUUUUGAGGAGGACCUCUGCAGUUUUACCCAGCUGAUGACGGAUUCUUUUGAUUGGACAAGGCAUAGUGGCUCCACCCCCACUGCGAUGACUGGGCCAUCAGCUGACCACACUAAAGGAGAUGUCGGUCACUACUUGUACAUCGAAGCCAACAAUGUGUCUAACGGAGACACGGCUCGCCUCCUCAGCUCUGAGUGUUCUGACCCCGGUCUUCAGUGUCUGCAGUUCUGGUACCACAUGUCCGGUUCAGCGAAAACCAUGGGCCUGCACGUCUACAUACUCCAGGACCGCAGCGCCGACAUGGUAUGGUGGAAGAGGAACAACCAGGGAGACUGCUGGCAACUAGCCCAGGUGGAUCUCAGGACCACUGGACCUUUCCAGAUCAUCUUCGAGGGCCGAAGAGGCACCACUGAUCAAUCUGAUGUGGCUAUAGAUGAUGUUUCUCUGCAUCGUGGACACUGUGAAGAUCUGAUUAAGCCAACAACACCAACCGAGAAACCUGUUCCAGCAGACAAGUCUACCAUUGUACCAACACCAGCUCCAAUUACCAUGAGACCAGUAACACUAAGACCAACAACUGCUGCACCAGCUCCAACCAACUCAACCAUGACAUCUAAACCCUCAACUACUGCUAGGCCACAACCACCAACAACUAUGAGACCAGAAACACCAGCACCACCCACAACUGAAAUACCAAGUCCUCCAAGACCGACAACUGAAAGACCACAACCGCCAAGACCGACAACUGAAAGACCACAACCCCCAAGACCGACAACUGAAAGACCACAACCCCCAAGACCGACAACUGAAAGACCACAACCGCCAAGACCAACAACUGAAAGACCACAACCGCCAAGACUGACAACUGAAAGACCACAACCCCCAAGACCGACAACUGAAAGACCACAACCCCCAAGACCGACAACUGAAAGACCACAACCCCCAAGACCGACAACUGAAAGACCACAACCGCCAAGACCGACAAAUGAAAGACCACAACCACCAAGACCGACAACUGAAAGACCACAACCCCCAAGACCGACAACUGCAAGACCACAACCCCCAAGACCGACAACUGAAAGACCACAACCCCCAAGACCGACAACUGAAAGACCACAACCCCCAAGACCAACAACUGAAAGACCACAACCACCCACCACAGCAAGACCAACACCAUCAUGCCCAAAGAACAGCCACUUCACCCCCUGCAUCUCUGACUGCCAGCCCACCUGUAAGCACCUCCACGGCCCACCCGACUGCCACUCUGAUGAGCACUGCGUACAGGGCUGUGUGUGUGACGACGGCUUUGUGCUCAAUCAGAGGGUGUGUGUACCCACCCAGCAGUGUGGCUGUGUGGACAGCAAUGGCAACAGCCAUCACUUUAAAGAGAGCUGGUACACUGAGCACUGCCAUCAGAAGUGUGAAUGUGUUGAAGAUGAUGGUGUGGGGGAGAUUGACUGCGAUAAUGAAUAUGAGUGUGAUGGGGAUGCCAUCUGUCUUCAGAAUGAAGCCGGACUGUAUUUCUGCAAGUCAACAGGCUUCAGUGAGUGCUCUAUCAAUGGAGACUCAGAGUACAGAACCUUUAACAACAUGAAGCAUGACUUUGAGGGCACAAACUCUUAUGUUCUGGUCCAGACCACAGACCUGUCCAAGAACCAGCCAGACAUCUACAUCGAGGCCAUCAAUGAGAUCGUCAACCAGGAUGGUGAUGACAGUCAUGGUGACAGUAGCCAAGGUGACAGUAGCCAAGGUGACAGUAGCCAAGGUGACAGUAGUAAUGUUGACAGCAGUGAUGAGGAUGACAAGCAUAAAGACAGCGUGAGAAGGGAGAACAGUGAAGACAAGCAUGAUCGCAGCGAUGAGGACAGUGAUGAAGAUAAAACAGAGAACAACAACCGUCUGCGACUCAGAGGGCUGAAGAUCAGAGUCUACAACCACAUAGUUGAGUUCAGGAAGAACAGGAAACUUGUUCUGGACGGUAGGAGCACACAUGCCCCUGUCUCCCCAGCAAGGGGUCUGAGGAUUCUGGAGAGCUCCUCUCGUAUCUACCUGAAGACAGACUUUGGCCUCUCCGUGGAGUUUGAUGGACACAGCAGAGCAGUAAUCAUCCUGGCCCACACCUACAAGAGGAGAUUGGGAGGCCUGUGUGGCAACUUUGACGGCAAGAAGAAUAAUUACAUGAUGAAGCCGAACGGUAAACAAAAUAAUUUGGAGAGAGCUGAAGAGUGGCGGAGGACAGACUGAGCAUAACAUGGAGAGGAUCACCUUCCCUUCGUAACUUUGCCUAUGGCCAGCGACCUGACCUCUACAUCAAGACCAUUGAAUGUGUCUCUUUUUUCUUCUCAUAGACAGACACAUUCUUUCCUACAAUGGACACAGUGCAUUUGAAAGCACUUGGGUUUUUAAAAAAAAAAGGGGUUUUGUGGACUAUGGAUCAAUAAAGUAUUCUACUUCUUCCAUAUGACUGUUGGUUUAAAUCCUGUUGUUUCUGCAGCUUAUGACCCACUUGUGUGCCUUAGUCAUAGGUUAUUUACACAGUUUACCUAGUGUAAGAGUCAAUGUACACACAUGACACUUCCCACUUGAAAAAAUACUACAGUUUACUAUAGAAUACUACAGUUCAGACCCCAGUCCUACCUACCUGGUUAUGGAAAAUGUGCUCUUUUAGUAUUCCUACAAUAGGUGGAGAAAGUGGAGAAAGCCUCCACUUCUAUGUCAAAGAUAAUAAAACAAAAACGCUAUAGUAAAUAGUACAGUAAUGUCAGCAAAAACGCUACAGUAAAUACUGCAUUCCACAAAAACACUACAGUAAAUAAUACUGUAUACUACAAUCCGCAAAAACACUACAUGAAUUACUAUAGUAUAUACUACAGUUUUAUUUUACUACAGUAUUUAUACUAUAGUUAACUGUGAAUACUGCAGUAUAUUACAGUAAACACUACAGUAAAUACUACAGUAAAGUCCGCAAAAACACUACAGUGAAUACUAUAGUAUUAAUACCAUAGUAUAAUAAAAAAAACAUUAAUGAAGGUUAUACUUGUAUAUUACUGCUAACGUGUAAUAUUUAUUCGAAGGCCCACAUUCCCUUAGCUUUAGACUGAUGUCCAAUACCUCAGUGACUGUAAUGUACAAUAUUACUGUAUGAUAAUAGAAAACUAUGCAAAUCAAUGAUGCAAGUGUUUAAGCUUACA